ACAUAAGUAUUUGGUGUUUCAAUUGAAAGUAGUAAAUUUAUUAGCAAUGUUAAGCAAGUUUAUUAUUUUGGCGCUGUUUGGCGUUUUGAUUAAAGCAGAAGAUACUGAGAAUUCCAGAGAUUGUAGAGUUGAUACUGACCGUUUCAACAAUACUAACAUUUUUUGCUAUUACAUGAAACUGGAUAACAAUAAAAUUCCUCUUUCUGGUCAAAUUCAACCAAGCGAAAAUAUUGGUAUAAUUCUGAUUAAUUGUACUGGUAAAAUUAGUGAAGACUCGUUUCCAAACCUCAGACAAAUUGACUCUAUAGCUAUCGCUAAUUCUAAGUUGGAGGAGAUUGUCUUUCCGGAAUUGCCUAAUUUGAAGCAGGUUAAUAUGGAAAAUGUCGUUGUACCAUCUAUAAAUGGGGCAUUUAAAAAUAUAAAAUAUUUAACCAGUAUUCAAUUAGUAGAUAAUUCUUUUAAAAUUGGCGAAGAAAGUUUUAAAGGCAUGUCUAAAUUGGAACACUUGAUUAUACGUGGACAAGAUGUAGUAUUUAAAAAGAAAUUUUUAGAGGAUUUAAAGAAUUUGAAGGAUUUAAAAAUAAUGAAAUCUAAUAUAGAAAAAAUUCCAUCGGAUGUUUUUCCAGAAUCCUCAGAAUUGAGAAUUCUAGUUAUUGCAAUAAAUCCAUUAAAAACUAUCGAGGCAGGCGCGUUUGACCCACUCAAGAAGCUUCAAACGCUGGUUCUCUCUCCUACUCCAUUGGAAAAAUUCAAUCUCGACUGGAUAAAGGAAAUGAAAGACUUAACCCAAAUUUCCAUACCUGCUCGAUGCGUCGACGACUUGGAUCUGGAACAAUUGGUGAAAAACCACCCUUUAUUCAACUCGUUUAUGUUCCUGCAAAACGAUGGUAGUUGCAAAUCGGUCCAAAACCUUCUUGAGAAAAUAGGUAAAAUGAAAUUGCUGAUACCAGUGGGCUUCGGCAGUCUAACAACAGAAAAAUCCUGCUAGAGGAGGCAUUAAAUAUAACUUUUGUUUUUUUUAUCCUAUAAUAAGCCAAUUUAAUUACAAAUUGUUAUAGGUAUUAAACGAAACGUUAAAAUAAAACUUAAUAAGUAUCAUA